UACUAAGUAAAGCACUAAAAGAAAGAAGAGGUUUAGCCUUCUAUUUGUUUUUUGCUUGUAAUAGUUAUGGGUACUCUUUCUCCUUGGCCUGAAACGCUGUCAAAUAGCAAGAAAAGGGUUAUACAACAACUGGUUCAUGGGCAAGAGUGUGCUACUCAGCUUCAGAUUCUUUUCCAUAAUCCCUCUGAAGAAGGUGGGCGUUUGUCAGCUGAGGAAGUACUUGUGCAGAACAUCUUGACAUCUUUCAAUCACACACUUUCUGCUCUGAGUUGCAUCGACUCUUCUGAGGUUUCUCAGAACCAGACAACUUGUAAUGAUGAUUCCCCAUGGUGUGAAGAUCGGAGAUCCGAGGGUUGUAGUGAGAGCAGCAAGAGACCUGGCUCUAAGGAUAAGAGGGGCUGUUACAAGAGAAAGAGGGAUGCUGAGGCAUGGACAGUUGUUUCGGCUACAAUGGAAGAUGGUCAAGCCUGGAGAAAGUAUGGGCAAAAGAAGAUCCUCAAUUCUAUACACCCAAGGAGUUACUUCAGGUGCACUCGCAAGUAUGAACAAGGUUGUAGAGCCAUGAAACAAGUCCAAAGAAUGGAAGAUGAUCCCCAAAUGUAUGAGAUCACUUAUAUUGGCACCCACACCUGUACGGAUUCAUUCAGGGCUCCCCAAAUCAUCCCAGACUCUGAAUCUUGGGAAUCUCAAAUGGGAUCCCAUUCCCAAAUCCCAACCAAGCAUCAUCAUUUGAACCCAGCUGCAUUUCCAUCCGUAAAGCAGGAGGCCAAGGAAGCAGCAGCAAGUGAUGUUACAGACAUGGAUUGCAUGGUGUGGAAAGAGAUAAUGGGUGGUGGUGGUGGUUUUGAAUACUCAUCGGAGCAUGGGAUGGGGUGUGAUUAUGGGGAUUGUCGAGCUUUCCAAUAUGAGUUUCUGAAGCCUGCAGAGAUUGAACAUGAUUAUCAUUUUGAUGAAAGUGAGUGUCUGAUAGUGUAGCUUCUUGUCAACUCAAGGACUCUGCCCACCGCAAUGUUUUCGUAUUCCAUUUUAAACAGUAGCUAGAUUUUAUACCCGGCUAUGCCGGUGAUUUCAAGAAUUAAUAAUAAAUAAUGACAUUCCAUUAAUAA